UUUUAAUAAGUUUGCAUUGAAACUGUGCAUUUAGACAGCGCUGAGAUUUCUUUUAUUACUUCCAAUUCUCGCUUUAUAGCAACAAUACUGCAAAGCUUGUUUUACAUGGUUGGAGAUAAAGCUGAGAACUAUUCCAUACUCAGCGCGGAUAGUUUUGUUUGUGUUUCGGUUUGUUUGGGCAAAUCUAGAUUCAGCUUCUAAUCAACAGUGUUGCGAGCCAUCUUGUUUAUACGUUUAUAACUUUGUUUUUGUUAUUGAAGUCCUCCCCAAUGUUAAUGUAAAAAAGAUUGAUUCAUCACAAACUACUGUAAUAUAAUCAUCAUUAACAUCCAGUCGUUUUUAAAAUGGAUGAAAAUAGUCUUGUGGUAGCUGUUCGACUGUGCGAUACUGAUGAGAAAGAGCAACCAGAUCCGUUGUGUUUACUAACCAAGGAUUUGUCAACAUGGCGAAACUUCGAGGCAUUAUUGCGGGACAUGUACAAAUCACCACCUAAAGCUAUCAAAGUCUGUUAUCUGGAUGAUGAGAAUGAUUGGAUUCAGCUUGAUAGUGAUGCAGAGCUAGCUGAAGCUGUUAAGGUGACCAAAAAUUCUGGUGAGAUUUUGCAACUGAAAGUUUACAGAUACGGCGGUGGUGUAGAGAAGAGCGAACCUGCAAGCCAACAGCCAACAUACAUUCCUACCACCGACCCUGGAGGUGAUGUCUUUGACCAGCUGUCAUACCCAUACCACACUGCAUUCAGCCAACCAACAGUCUCCAGUCCGAUUGAUGCCCCGCCCCCUGUACCCCCAAGACAGCCAAUAGCACCAAGGCUCCACCCUGAGAUUUUGAUCUACCCUUACCCCAAUGGCGCGAAUACCGUCAUGUACAACCCUGGUACCUUGUACACACAGUUUUCUACCUCAGGCACCGCCAGUGCCCCUGGCCCAAGCAUUCCACUGUCUACAAAUGCAGUGCCUGCCCCUUUCUGCUACGGUAGUAUCAAUUCCAUUGACAUGUCACAGACCAUUCCUUGGGACCUGCCUGCUAGAGAAGAAAAAACUACCAACCCAUUCGAUGAAUUUAAAGACAAAAACACACCAUUGGCGUACAAAAGUCAGAGGGAAGAUACUUUGAUGACUGAUAGUUCAAAAGUUGAACCUUUGUGCACAGAAUCUCGUUCUCUUGGACAAAAUUUUAUCCCCAACCAGGAUCCUUUUGAGAUUAACUCCCCUGAAACACAACAGAUUCACUCUUCUGUUGCAUGCGACAUAAGGCCACCACUAACCCCAACUACUGCAAGCAAAUCUUUGGCCCAGGAAACAGUAGCCAGCAGUAAAGAAUCUGAAGUCGCAGGGGGAACAACCCAGCCUGCCAAGCUGUUGGAAUGGGUGAACACUGUCCAUGCUGCUCUCUCCUUCAAUGCAGGGCAGGAUCAUUUCCCCCAAAAUCCACCAGCAGUCGGUGGAAAUCCAUCCUACUCCGCUGCUAUUCCAAAAUGUAAAGUUGUCAAGAAAGGAUCUGAAAAUCAACCACCCAAACCUUUGCCGAGAUAUCUUUUAAUGAUGGAUGGUGCCCAAUCUGGUGCCAAUGCAGUGGCAAUUGAAAUGCCACCUGAGCCAGAUUUUUUCCAUGCAGCAAGCCUAAAUAAAGAUGAAGAAAUUGCUGCAAGCGGAGGAGCAUCUUCGACUUCAGCAUCUGAAGAAACUGGUGAAGUGGUGGCCAGAGGAGGUAGUGAUGCUGCAGCAGUCUGCAGAGAAAUAAAAUCGUCCAGCCAAGCUGCGGAGCCUUGUGGUGUGGCGGUGGUGACAGCAGAGAGUUCAGCUGCUAAGUCGGAGAAAAAAGUGAAAAGAUCAGACGGAAAAGUUAAAACAGUGAGGAAAGAAAAAUCAGAGAAAAAAGAUAUGAAACCUAAAGCAGCAGUAGAAAAACCAGAACGGAAACUCAGCAAAAGCAAAACAGAUGAGCACUCUUCUGUUAAAGAAAAUAAGAAGAGACCAAGUUUGGAGAAAGUCCCAGAGUUGAAAGCCGAAGAGAAGAAAGUGAUUAAAGCUGAUGUUGAAUCAGGAGAGAAAGUGAAUGUCAAGGAGGAGAUGACUCUGCUUCAUGGGGACUUUGUGAAGUUUAUGAGGAAGUGGAAGAAAGACAUGCACUCCACUAUAGUCAAAGAUGUGGUGAAGCAGACAGACAGCUUGCUCCGUAAGACACUGUCAAAGUCUCAGGCACAGAGAGACCUGGACGUCCUUGAACUUAAGACUAGACUCACAAAAUUGAUAGGUCAGCAUGUGGGUAUCCGAUGUAUGGUCUGUAACAGGGAUAUUGUUGGCAUACGCUACAUGUGUGGUAAUUGUGAUGACUAUGACCUGUGUGAAACGUGUGAGGACACAGCCAACACGCACGACCCAACACACGUUUUCCUGAAGUUGAGGUACCCCUCUGCUGGUGCUGGAUUUGUUGGGGAUCAAAAGUUCCCACUGCUCAGGGAAAAUGUUUACCUGCAGGAUAAAGUCAUAAUGGAGGCUACAAGAGGGAAAGAUUUUGAAAAGGUAGAGGAGAGCCAGAACACAGACAGUAGAAUAAAAAUCUCAGAGAAAGUUGUGCUGGAACAAACAGAAAUACAAGAGCUCAGCACAAGACAAAUUGAGCCCAAUACUCACCAAGGAUUUAUGGUCCAGACACCAUCUUGUAACUACUUUGACCUGGAGAUGAACCAUGGCAUACACCCGGAUGAAGACAGACUAGCCCACUACAUGAGAAACUCAGAGGAGACAACCCCAGACCAUGGCAUACACCCUGAUGAAGUCAGACUAGCUCACUACAUGAGAAACACAGAGGAAACAACUGGAGACCUGGAUAGAGUAGAGCAUCACAUAGAGAGAAAAGUGGACACCAUUCCCAUGGUGCAUUUGUUUGCAGCCACACCAGUUGCAGCUGGCAAUACUGAAGAUGUGAGUGCUGACCCAACAAGCCCAGUCUCCACAGACUCCAGCAGUAGCAUCAUCUCCUUGUCCCACCCUCACCAGUCAGCUGGUCUUCUAGCUGCAGCCAUGCCACUCAGGAGGAGAGAUGAGGAGGUCAAUGUUAAUGGGGACAGGGAGCCACAGGCCUUUGACGAGGACCUGGACAGCAUGCCACAACUUGUUCCGUUUCGCCGCCCCCAGUCCCCCAACCAGCCCAUUUUCUUUGAGAUGGACGAGGAGGACAGCUCCUUCCAAGAAUGGGACUCAGACAGCAGUGAGGACUUCUGUAUCAUAGACCCCGCCCCAGUAUGUAGGGAUGACUAUGAGGCCAUUACUGAUGAUGAUGGAGAGGAACAAGUUGAAGGUCCAUUUCAAGUUGAAGGUACUUGCCAAGUUGAAGGUCCUUGCCAAAUUGAAGGGCUAAACCUAGUUAAAGAACCGUGCCAAAUAGCAGGCCCAUGCCAAGCUAAACAACCUUACCACAUUAUAGAGAGACCCUGGAGAGUUGAGGGACCUUGCCAAGUUAUAGGACCCUGUCAAGCUCUUGAGAACCCCUGUCAGGAUCAGCCACAAGAACUUGUACAAAACAACUCUAGCACUGUCGACAUUGAUGCUGCAACACCAGUUACUGAUGCCCCAGCUCCAGUCAGUGAUGCCCCAGCUCCAGUCAGCGAUGCCCCAGCUCCAGUCAGUGAUGCCCCAGCUCCAGUCAGCGAUGCCCCAGCUCCAGUCAGUGAUGCCCCAGCUCCAGUCAGUGAUGCCCCUGCUCCAGUCAGUGAUGCCCCUGCAGCUGUCAGUGCUGCCCCACCUGCCAGUUUUGACCAGGUUGAGGAUGUUAAGACAGGCGAGGCUGUCACCCCUGUAGCGGACAGCCCUGUGGAUGUUCAUGUGCAGCAGGAGGAGAGAGAGGAGCCGGUGGAGGUGGAGGUGAAACAGGUGUAUAAAGCCACCAUACAGGAGGACGAGUUGGUGCACAAGAUGAACGACGAGGAGAAGUCCAGGUUUGAGCAACUCCUCCGAGCAGAAAUGGAUAAAGAGUUUGAAGAAGAAUUAAAGAAAAGGGCCAAAGAUCUGGAGAGAGCAUUGCAAGCUCAGAAAGAAGAAGAGUUCCGGUACAUCCUGGAAGCUAAAGAAAGGGCGGCCGCCAUAGAGAACGAGAGGCUGGAACUGGCAGCCAAGCGUAAAGAGCUGGAUGACCAGCAUGCACUUCUGGUCAGACAGGCGUCGUCUGUCAGCAGCUCCUUACUGGGGGAGAACUCACUCACAUCCUCUGACAGCUACACUGUGGGCAAACGUGACGCUAAUUGCCAGACAAACCCAGAACCAGUCCAUGGUGCCAGCCAUAUCAUCCAGAACGUGGCUUCAGGUGUCUCUAAAGCAGCAGCCACAGCUUAUUACACAGCUAAAGAUGUUUUCUACACACUGCAGGCCAAACAGAAUGAAUGGAAAGGCCAGACUUCUACUUUCAAACCACCUCACUCCAACUGGACACCCCCUGAGAGUACCUGGACACACAAACCUAGCACAUGGAAACCACCAAAGGAUGACUACAUUCCCCCCACCUCCACAUGGGUGCCACCAUCAAACAGCAUUCCCCUGCCCUGGAGUUGCACAGAGUCAGGGGAGAGAACCGAGGAGCCGCAGGGAAACACUGAUAAAAAAGACAUCAAACAAAGUGAAGAUGUAACCCCUGGGGGUCAGGCGACCAGCAAAAGGACGCCGGUCACCCCUCAGGAACUCAUGGAGUUGACAGACUCUAGCCUCAGGCGUGAGAUGCAGGGAAUGCAGCGUCUGAUUGAGAUGGGCUUCGCCAACAGGGAAAGAAAUCGCCAGCUGCUCAACAAAUUUGAUGGGGAUUUGGAGAAGGUUGUCCAGUGUCUGCUGCAAGAGGAAGGGGAGGGAGAUAGUGACCACUGGGCAAUCCACAGGCACUAGACUGGAGAUACACGGUUGGAAGGAGGGGAACAUUGCGAAUUAAAGAAAUAAAGCACUGAUUGAAGCGCCACCUAGCUUUUGGUAGUUCAUUUCCAAGCUUGCUUUAUUCAGACAUUAUUGUAUUUUGUAUUGGUUAUUACAUGCAUUGAAAUGAUACUUUCAUGACUUGAUUACAAUUACAAACAACUUUUUGAAAGUCAAAACAAGAAAAACAUUUUUUUUUGUUGCUCCUAUUUUGAAUGAGAAAUUUGUGGUGUGUACUUUACUACCAACCAAAAAUAGUCAUUAAACAAGACACUGUUGUAUAGUCAAACAGAAGAAAAGACAAUUUGAAGUGUUUUUAAAUACCAAUCUUUAACUCAGCAGUGAACUGAUUCAAUUUUAUGUAUUUAUAUUAUUAUUUCUUUACUGAUUUUCAUGCUAUAGUAUCCAAAACCUUAUAAAAUUUACAUGCUUAAUAUUACUUUUACAGAUAUUACUUUGGAAAAAAAUUGUUUGUAUUCUGGAGUGUAGUGUAUAGUUUGUGCAUUAGUCACUAGCAAGAGCCUCUUCUGUUUUUUUUAUUUAUUGUGUCAUUGACUUGCCUAAAACAAUUUUAUUUUUAAUUUAGUAAAAUGUUUCUAUUGUUAUGAACAAAUGGGCACUUUUUCUUGUGGCAAUAUCCAUCCUCUUAGCACUAAAUUCACUAGAAAUCUUUUUUUUAAAGUUAUUUUCAUUGUUUUUGAAUUGUUACUCUAUUUCAUCCUAGAGUAGUGAUACUAAAGCAACAGUUUAAAUCUGGAAAAUGUAAUCUAAGAUAAUUGUUGCACCAAGCAUUUUUGUCUAAAGAAGCUUCUUGUUAUUUAUCAAUAUAUAUUUUUGCUACUAAUUAAAAAGUGCAGUUGUAUUGUUUUUUUUUCUAUAUAUAUUUAAUGUUAGUCUUAAAGUAUCUGUUAUAGUGAUAAGUAUUGUGUAGACAAGAGAACCAUGCUGUGUAUGUAUCUGUGUAACACACCAAAUUUGUAACUUUGUGUCACUCAAAAGGUUCCUUCCUUGCUAGCACUGGAGCUCUUCAGAAACAAAAAGUAAUUUGACUGUGAUUCAAGUUGUGAUGUAAACCUAGCAACAUUCUGUCUGACUCAAGUGUCUCUCAGCUACUAUUGGAACUCAUCAUAAAAAGAAAUAAUUUUAUUGUAGUUCAAGUUGUAAAAUACCAGCUUAUAGGUAACAUCAGCUGCAGAAUUACGCAUUAUUUAGAUAAAUACAGCUGUAAAUAGCUCAUUGUCUUUCAAGUCAAUAAUUUUUUUCAAUUUAUUUUAUAUUUGGUUGUUUAUAAAAUAUGAGAAAAAAAGUAUUUUCUCAUUAAUUUGAAAUAAAACUUGAAAAAUUGAAUGCAGUGAUAAAACAUUUUAUUAUCAGCUUAUAAAUUUACAAGUUUUAAUAAUUAACACUUUUUGCACAAAUAUUUUUUUGAAAAAGUUUGUGUUUUUUUUCAGUGUAAACAUUUUGUUUUUAUUGUUUACAUUUAAACUUAAACCCACUUUUGUUUUCUCGAGAUUUUUGUUCUUCAAGUCGCUUCACUAUUUAUGUGGUAACGGGUUGCAGUUUUUGUGUCCCUUUUUGUGCUUGUUGCAGAAACAGAUUUUCAUGUUGGUGUUAUUGGGAAGUCAUAGUGGUCAAAUAAAUCAGGCAACAAAAACAGAACAGUUCAAUUUGAGUUUAGUUUCAAAAUUAAGAUCAUUAGAUUGUUUAUGAUAGAUUUAUUGAAGUUAGGUUAAAACAAAUGUGCACCUGUUUUCAAGCUGCUCUGACCCAUACAAUUAUGUUGUCAGGGUGGAAAAUUUCUUUAUUACACCUAGAUCCUGAUCUUUUAUCUCCCCUACAAUAAUGCAUAUUGCUUUGAUUUAUUGUGUUGGCAAAGCCAUGAUAAUGUACAUUUCUGGUUCUCGUAUGGUCAAAUAAAAUUUCAGUUUAA